GGGCGGAAGGGGAGGGGGGCGCCCCCUGGCGAGGAGGAGCCUUUAUGGAAAAGGGGCGGGGCUGGGGCGGGGCUAAUGAGGUUUCGGGCUCCGCCCAUCACCCGUGGCCACGCCCUCUCAUGCGCAUGGGACAGCGGGGGGUGACACCCCCCCGGGGGUCCCCAAUCCCUUCGGGAUCCUCCGUCCCCAGGGAUCCUCCAUCCUCCGGGAUCCUCCAUCUCCGGGGGUCCCAAAUCCCCCCGGGAUCCUCAAUCCCCCGGGAUUCCACAUCUCUCAGGGGUCCCCCAUCUCCGGGGAGUCCCCCAUCUCCCAGGAACCCCCCAUUCCCCGGGGAUUCUCCAUCCUCCGGGAUCCCACAUCCCCUCGGCAUCCCCCAUCUUCCUAUUCCCAAGGGAUCCCCCCUCUCCAGUGACCUCCUAUCUCCAGGCUUCCCUAACCACCCAGGACCCUCGGGAAUCCCUUAUUCCCCAGGAUCCCCCAUCUCCCGGGAUCCUCCAUCCCCCCGGGGUCCCCCUCUCUGAGGAUCCCCCACCUCCAGAGAUGCCCCCCCCCCCAAGCAGGGAUCCCUCAUGCCGCGCUGAUCCCCCCGCUCCGGGGUUCCCACUGCACCCUGGGCACCCCCGGGAUGGGACCGGCGUGGCCUCCGUGCCCCCCGCCCCGCCGGGACAGCCCCGGGCUGAGCCCCCCCAGCAGCAGCACCACCCGCCCGGCUCCACCUUAACCGGGCACCCGCGCCCGGGCGGCUCUGCGGGAACACAGGGGCGUUUAUCUCGCCCGGGAUCAGCCAAUAUUUGUGGCCACGUCAGGAGGAACGAGCCCAUCCUCGCUCCCCGCUCCAGCCCCGCCGCCCCGCUCCGCAACCCGGCCCCGCCGCUGUCCCGUCCCGGUUCUCGGACACGACCGCUGGGACCCCCGGAGAUGACGGUCCCGGUGGCCCUGCUGCUCCUGAGCCUCCUGCGGACGGCGGCUGCCAGGGGCGAGCGGUGCCCGGCCUGCGGGGUGGCCGCGCUGGCCCCCGGCGCUCAGCGGGACGCGCUCCUGGCGUUGGCCAAGCAGAGCAUCCUGGCCAAGCUCCGCUUGCCGGCCCGGCCCAGCGCCCCCCAACCCCCGGGCCGGGGGGCUCUGCUGGCCGCGCUCCGCAGGCUGCGGGAGCAGCGCUCGGACACGGCCGCGCUCCCGGGGAUGCUCCGGGACGGCCCCGGGACGGGGCUGCAGGAAUACGAGGUCCUGAGCUUUGCCGAGUCAGGAUCCUCCACCUCCCGCAGCCUCCGCCUGCAUUUCCGCUUCUCCCGAGAGCUGGCCAGGAGCACAGAGAUCCUGCAGGCCACCCUCUACCUGUUCUGGGCAGCCCCCAGCCCCGGGGCACAGCCUGUCACCGUCAGGCUCCUGUGGCCGGACCCGGCGGGGACAAACAUGACAGUGGCCAGCGAGACGUGGCUGGAGGUGCAGAGACCCGGCUGGACCACGCUGGACGUGGGACUGGCCGUGCAGAGCGUCUCUGGACAGGACACCCCGCGGCUCACGGUGGAGCUGGAGGUGCCGGAGGACCGGGGGUCCCCCCUCCUGGCUGACCACAGCGAUUCCCACCGGCCCUUCGUGGUGGCCCAAGCCCGGGCCAGGGCGUCCCACCGCGUCCACCGGCGCGGCGUCGACUGCGGGGCGGGCUCGAGGAUGUGCUGCCGCCAGGAGUUCUUCGUGGACUUCAAGGAGAUCGGCUGGGAGGACUGGAUCAUCCAGCCCGAGGGGUACCACAUGAACUACUGCGCGGGGCUGUGCCCGCUGCACAUGGCCGGGAUCCCCGGCCUCGCCGCCUCCUUCCACACCGCCGUCCUCAACCGCAUCAAAGCCGCCAGCGCGGCCGCGGCCGUGGAUUCCUGCUGCGUCCCCACCCAGCGCCGGCCCCUCUCCCUGCUCUACUACGACCGCGACAGCAACAUCGUCAAGACCGACAUCCCCGACAUGAUCGUGGACUCCUGCGGCUGCACCUGAGCGGGCGGCAGGGCGGGACACCGCGGGCAGGGCUCCCUCCUCCCGGCUCCCGGGGCCGGGGCUCCUUCCUCCCGGCUUCCCGGGAAAGGGCUCCCUCCUCCCGGCUCCCCAGCCAGGGCUCCCUCCUCCCGGCUCCAGGGCAGGGCUCCCUCCUCCCGGCUCCCCAGCCAGGGCUCCCUCCUCCCGGCUCCCCAGCCAGGGCUCCCUCCUCCCGGCUCCCUCCUCCCGGCUCCCUCCUCCCGGCUCCCCAGCCAGGGCUCCUUCCUCCCUGCUCCCAGGGCAAGGCUCCCUCCUCCCACCUCCUGGCUUUGAGACGGGAGCCCUGCCGAGGGGUCUGUUCCUCCUCAGGGUGAUGCUGAAUGUGCAAGUUCUCUGCUCACUCGCCUCCCACCCGGCUCUUUCCCCCCCUUUGGAUCUGCCCCUGGAUUUCUCUCCCAGCACCUCAGAACGGUUCCUGGUGGACUCCAGACCCUCCUCCUGCCGGACGCUGCAGCUCAGGGUGGUCCCACUGACGUCCCAUCCUGAGGUCAAGGGUGCAGCUACACCAGGAGCCACCAGUGGCCACCCCGGGCUGCUGGGGCUGGCGACGACCGAGGGGAGGGGAGGGGAGGGAAGGGGAUGGGUCACCCCUGUGGCCUCACUCAGCUGGAUGUGAGGCUGAGGAGGACAAGGAAGGGGAAAUCGAUCCCAGUGGGAGGAAUCUGUCUCCCUCUCUGAGCAUCCCUGGUGUUCAAUAAAGACUCCCAGCUGUGGUGUG